AUGAUAGAUACUAUAAAAGACUAUGUAUCUCCUAAGAGAUUUAGUAUCUUAGCCUACGUAUGUGUGAUUAUUCAUUUCCACUGUGGAGUUAUUUUGGUAGCAAUUACAACAGCUUUGAGACUCGGCGAGACGGAAAAGUUCAGUUGUGCUGUUGACACAAACUUUGCAACGCACAAGACAUACGCGGAAAAAACGUGUCUUUCAAUCUACAACAACGCUUACAACUCUCCCGUGAGAUUCUCUGCUUUCGUAGCGCUCAACUUUGGCUCUGCAGUUGUUGUAAGUGUUAUUUAUUCGCAAUCGUAUUGAUGAAACAGAAAGAUACACAACCGAAAGUGAUGAAUCUGAAACUGGUGCCAAGAAAGGGAACGAUGAACCAAGUAGAAACACUUUAUAUGUUUUCUAUUUCUAUUCCAUCCACCUUGUAGCUCGUUUGAUGCUCGGUAUACUAUUUACCAUCCUACAGCAUUAUGUAUUAUAUCCGAGUGGUUUUCAUUCACAAUUCACUUGUGUUUACUCAAAUGAAAAACAAGCAGAUCCCAACAUAACUGUAGAAUGUAACUACUCAGCUGCUCAGGACAAACAGAACUUGAGAACAUUUGUGUUUGCAUGUAAUGUGAUUUUUGCCAUAAUUACACUGGCAGAAGUGAUUUAUCUGAUAGGGUACCGAUUUCCUUGUUUCAACACUCGAUCUAAUGUGGCUUGGUCAUGUGAUUCACAGUUUAUUACUGAGUAUUUUCUCCGAAAGAAGUACAUUCCAUCCAAGGAUGAUGAGUUUACUGGCGUAUUAAGCAGUACCGACAUUUACAAGGAAAAAGUUAAAAAUGCUACUCUUACGACAGAUAUAAAUUAUGGACAAAACACAAGUUUGGAUGACAUGUUUAUUAAUGUUGUGAUUCGUACUGGACAAGCUUCAUUAACGUUUGCAAAAAAUAUGAAGAUGCAUAAAAUCUAUGAUGCAUAUAUGGACGUUCCCAAAGACUCGAUGAAAGAGAUUAAGGAUUUAUUUUAUCCCAAAAAUGAUACUGGAAACAAACCUCCGCGAACUAUUCUGGCACUCGGAAGACCUGGGAUUGGCAAAACUGUUUUAACCAGAAAAAUUAUGCGUGAUUGGGCCAAUGGGAUUGAUGGCUUUUAUCAUGGUAAGAUUGCUUUCUUCUUCAAAUUUAGAUGGUUUCAUUUUGAAAAGUUACAAAAUCUAACACUUAAGGAAUUUCUUCAAUUUGGAACAGAACUGAAUGAACAUCAAUUUAAAAGUAUUUUCGAAGAAAUAUGUAACAACCCAAAACAUGCUAUAUUUAUUUUUGAUGGUUUGGAUGAAAUUGGUGGCAAUCCUGAGAAAUUUCAGGAUUUUCUAGAUCAAUCAAGAAUGUCUCCUGAUGACCUUACUUUUCCCAUGUCAGCAAUGUUUCUUUUUAUGAAAAUCCUGUCUGGCAACAUCUUAUCAGGAGCAACAGUCUUGGUAACUUGCAGACCAACUGCCGUUGAUGUUUACUCCAAGCUUAAAUUUGAUCGAAAAGUUGAGAUCAUCGGAUUUACUUUGGAUAAAAUUGAACAAUAUGUUGAACAAUUUUGUGCUAACUAUGGAAGAAAUGACCUGAAACCAUUUAUAUGGAGUCAUAUCAAAUCUUCAUCAGAACUGAAGAAGAUGUGCUACAUUCCAGUAAAUUGUUAUAUUGUGUGUGGUUCUUUGGCAAACUUCCUAAAUGAUCCAGCCAAUGACAAUGCUUUGCCAACUACACUGACUAAACUGUAUCAGAUAGCCAUAGCUUACUUCUAUGAAAAUCAUGAUCAAAGUAAAAGCCAAGAAUGUUAUCAGAAACUUCAAGAGUUGGCUUUCUAUGGUAUGAGAAAUGGCCGACUCGUUUUUGAUGGCAAACUGGUGAAUAAACAAAUGAAACAAUCAGGAUUGUUGCACCGUUUACCUAUCCCCUUCUCUCAAAUUGAAACUCACGUUUGUUUCAUUCAUUUAACUGUACAAGAAUUCCUCGCAGCAAAACAUAUAGUGGAAACAAACGAACCUGAGGAUAUAAAGAAAUUUAUUUCUUCCCAUAUCGCACAUGGCACAUGGCAUUUGGUGCUUCAGUUUCUUGCUGGGUUACUGGGAGAAAAAAUGGAGAAGUCUGAGAGAACAAAUGAAUAUGAUCAUUACAGAAGCUGUGUUUUGGCUUUCGCAGAGCACUUAUCUUGUAAAAUUCAAGAUGAACAUGUUGUAUGUUCCCUUGAUCCCAAUCAAAUCUUAUUGAUGAAAUGUUUGAGAGAAACAGCGAAUGAAGAUAUUGCCAAAGAAACUGCUGCUAGUUCUGCUUUGAAAGAUGUCACCAGCAUACAAUAUUUCUAUGGAAAUUUGCUUUGUCCAAAUGAUUUUGCUGCAAUGGUGUUUGUUUGCAAACACUUAAACUGCUUAACUGAUUUAACUUUGAGUGCAAUAAAGGAUUUGGACUGUUAUCUAGAGGUCACAAAGUUGCUACAAGAAAGAUGCAUAAAAACACUGUGCCUGUGUAAUUCUUUUGCUGAAUGGCUGCAAUAUGUAUUUACUGCAUUAAUGAAAGCAGAAUGUCACAUGAAUCAUGAACACUCUGAACUUACUGAGUUGGAUCUUACUGGAAAUGAUAUUUCGGAUUCUGGUGUAUCACAUCUAGCUAAGUUUCUUAGAAACGGUCAUGGUCGUUAUCUAAAGAAGUUAGACUUAACACGUAAUAGUAUCUGCCUUUCAAACCAGCAGAGUUGUAAACUCCUGGACAAUGAGGUUUGUAAUCAACUUACAGUGCUUGAUCUUAGUAAGAAUUUUAUGACUAGUGUGAGUGAUGUGCAUAAUCUAUGUGAAACCCUAAUAAAAAAAAAGUUUAAAGUUAGGAAGCUAUAUCUCGGGCAUUGUCAUUUAACCGGACAACAUGCAUCCUGGGUUGCAAAUGUUCUCCGUUAUGAACAUUGUGAAAUAAGUGACUUGUCACUUAGUGAUAAUAAUAUAAGAGAUAAAGGUGUAUCUAGUUUGUGCUCCGCUCUCAGGAAAAAGCAAUGUAAACUUAAUGUGUUGAACAUUUCCAGAUGUUUGUUAACAGAUGAAUGCAUUCCUUACCUAAGUAAGGCUCUCGGUGAUGAAAUUUGUAGGCUCACCGAUUUGUUACUUAGCGGUAAUAAAUUGAGCGAUGAGGGUGUAUGUCAGUUGUGUUAUGUUCUCGUGAAAGAGCAGUGUAAGCUUACUGUGUUGGAUCUUUCCAGUUGUUCGUUAACAAUUGAAUGUGUGACUUCCUUGUUUGAGGCUCUUGCAAGUGGUCAUUGUCGGUUGACAUGCUUGAAACUUAAUGAUAAUAAAAUAGGUGAUAAAGGUGUAGCUAUGUUGUGUUGUGCUCUCAGGACAGAGCAAUGUCAGCUAACUUUGUUGAACAUUUUUUAUUGUUCCUUAACAGAUGAAUGUAUGCCUUCUUUAUGUGGGGCUCUCGGAGAUGUACGUUGUAAGCUUUCCAAGUUGAAUGUAGGUUACAAUGCCUUCACAGAUAAACAUUUAUCCUUACUCUCAAAUUCUCUCAAACUGAAGCAUUGUUGUCUUGAAGAUUUGAAAAUCCGUGGAUGCACGGGCAUCACCGAUAAAG